AUGCUGCGCUUCCGUCAGGUACUCACAUUAACUGUUGGCGGAAGCAUUCGGUGUGUGUUCCAGAGUAAGGCCUUUGCUAGCGUUAGCAAGGAGCUUCCCUCGACACCAGAGGGAAAAAAUCCGUAUGACGUCCUUGAAAUUACCGUUACAAACGCCACAAGCUUGGAUGAUGUAUCAAAGCAGUUUAGAGAGCUUGUGGUUUUGAACCAUCCUGACCAACCGGGCGGCUCACAUGAGAGGAUGUCAGAAGUCAAUGCAGCCUACAAGAUAAUUAAGGAAAAUCACAACAAGCUGAUUCAGCGAUUGAAGGACCAUGAGACAGAUACAAAAGGAAGCCAGACCUUUCAAAGACACAGACACGCUCGGGCUCGUAGUGAUGAUAAUCUUGGACGCUCCGGUGGUGUUUAUCGUCAAAAUGCAAAGACUGCCGAACAAACUAGUGGUGCUCGAAGGGCUCGUUCUCUUCAAGAAAUUGAAUUGGAGUGGAAACAUAUUAAGGAUGGGACGGAGAAGUCUGUCUUAAGCAUGUGUAACCGUUACGAACUGGCUGUGGAAAAAGGACGCUUUUUCCGAAAAACGUCCAUGCUUAACGAAAUUACUGUACGAGAACGUUGGCUUCGAAAAAGUUUUGUGAAAAAUGUGUGGGAGGAAGUUCACGAGUUACGGGGGGAACUGCUUCGUCGAGGCGCACGUAGCGCUCAGCAGUCACAGCUGGCAGAAGAGAUGGUCACCUUUGCAUCUUCUGUCCAGCGGAAGUUGAAUGAUGAUUUUCAGCGACUCACACAACUGAGUGUGCAGUCACAAUCUCAUCUGUUUCUUCAGCGGGUAUUAUUCACACUGUUGCUAGUGGUUGUUUUCAUCAAGGUGUGGGAGUGGAUCGUCAAAGGAAUGUUUAAAAAUUCACUCACGGUAAAACUUCGGCAGGGAGUUUUAAGCCACUAA